GUUUGGCAACUGCCAUUGUGAUGGUGUAAAAUGUUAAAGAUGGAUGAGAGUCAAAUGCAAGAUAUUUGCCGUGUAUGUCGAUCUGAAGCCACUCCAGAGAAACCUCUUUAUCAUCCAUGCAUCUGUACUGGAAGUAUAAAAUUUAUCCACCAAGAAUGUUUAUUGCAGUGGUUAAAAUACAGUCGAAAAGAAUAUUGCGAGUUAUGCAAUCACAGGUUUUCUUUUAUGCCAAUUUAUUCACCUGACAUGCCAAAACGACUGCCAAUAAAAGACAUUUUUAGUGGGCUUUUGUGCAGCUUGGGAACUGCAGUUCGAUUUUGGUUACAUUACACUCUUGUGGCUGUUGCAUGGUUAGGCAUUGUACCAUUGACAGCAUGUCGAAUAUAUCGAUGCCUGUUCACUGGCUCUUUGACCUCAAUUUUAAGCCUACCGUUAGACAUGCUUUCUACAGAAAACAUUCUAUCUGAUAGUCUGUAUGGGUGUUGUGUGGUGACUUGCACUUUAUGCGCCUUCAUCAGUCUGGUAUGGCUUAGAGAGCAAAUUCUUCAUGGUGGUGGACCAGAGUGGCUUGACCAUGAACACGACCAUGAACACGACCAUGAUGCUAUACAUCAACAUGUUAUUGAUCAUCAUCAUCAUCACCACAUAGAAUUUGCCAAUAAUAACGUGCAAGCAAAUGCACCUCCUCCUGUUCCUGAAAAUGUAGAUGAUGAUGGUAAUGAAGGCAACAAUGCUCAGGCAGAUGUUAACAACUGGAAUCCGAUAGAAUGGGAUCAUGCGGCAGAAGAAUUAACCUGGGAAAGGUUACUCGGAUUGGAUGGAUCUUUGGUUUUUCUGGAACAUGUAUUUUGGGUUGUUUCUUUAAAUACUCUCUUCAUUGUUGUUUUUGCUUUCUGUCCUUACCAUAUUGGUCAAUUUGCUUUGUCAUGCUUUGGAUUUAAAGACUAUCUUCGAGCACCAGAAUUUGAAGGUUUAUUAACAACGCUUUUCGGUUAUAUUAACAUUGGGAUUGCUUUGGCAUUGCUUCAUGGAAUAGCUGCAUUAGUUCGACUGCACCGAACGAGGCGUCUUCUCGGCAUCUGUUACGUUGUCAUUAAAGUCUCUCUUUUGUCUGUUAUAGAAAUCGGCAUUUUCCCAUUAGUUUGUGGAUGGUGGUUAGAUAUCUGCUCAUUAACAAUGUUAGAUGCUACAAUCCAUGACAGAGAAGCUGGUUUUAGGCUUGCUCCUGGAACUUCCAUGUUUAUUCACUGGCUUGCUGGAAUGGUGUAUGUCUUUUAUUUUGCUUCUUUUAUUCUGCUACUACGAGAAGUAUUGCGGCCGGGAAUUUUAUGGUUUCUGAAGAACCUUAAUGAUCCAGACUUCAAUCCCAUUCAAGAGAUGAUACAUUCUCCUAUUUUGAGGCACAUUCGUAGAGUAUUAAUGUCCUUAGUAACAUUUGGGACUACCAUUCUUCUUGUCGUUUGGCUUCCUGUGAGAAUAGUUGAAAAAUUAAUUCCUGGUUUUCUUCCAUAUUAUGUCAUAUUAUCAAGUGAAAUGCCUUACAGUGAGCUAUCAUUAGAGCUUGUAUUAUUGCAAGUUAUAUUACCUGCUUUGUUAGAGCAAGGACACAUGAGGCAUUGGUUGAAACUUUUCAUACGUACAUGGUGCAUUGGAGUCUCGUACAUAUUGGAUAUGCGUUCCUACCUAUUGGGCGAUACAGAUAUUGACGAACAACCACCGGAUGCUGCUGUACCAGCACCUCCAGCAGAUGGUGAACCUCAAGAGGGCUUCCCUGCUGCUGCUUUAGCUGCUGCACAUCAAGCACUUUUCCAAGCAGUGAGCCCAUCAAGUUUUCAACCUUAUAAACGUCCCAAGUAUUUACCCUUUAAGAUAGUGUGCUUGAUAAUCUUCAUGUGUAUUAGCUUAACAAUGGCAAGUCUUGUGAUGAUAACAGUACCAGUGUUUGUUGGUAGAAAAUUGAUGUCUCUCUGGCUAGGAAGUAUAAAAGUUCAUGAAUUAUAUACUAUUGGCUGUGGAUUAUAUGUCUGUUGGAUUAUGUUGCGUGUCUUAACACUGCUGUGGAGUUGGAUUCCAAGAGGAUGGAAUACUAUCUCUUCUAAAUUGAAGGAAUGGCUAACUAUUACUGUCAAGAUGGUGUGUGCAAUGACUGUGUUGUUAGGCCUGAUACCAGUUAUGAUGGGCCUUUUGCUUGAUUUAAUUCUCACUGUUCCAGCAAGAGUUUCUCUAAACCAAACACCAAUAAUUUCAGUUUGGCAGGAUUGGGCAAUAGGUGUGUUACUGACAAAAACAUUCUGUGCUGUAGUUCUUGUUGGUCCUAACUGGUGGAUGAAGAGGGUGAUUGAACAGGUGUAUCUGGGUGGUAUUCGUAACGUCAAUUUGCGUAUAAUAUUCAUUGAUCUUGCUCUACCAGUCAUAGUUGUCUUGGGCUUAUCACUUGCUGUACCUUAUAUUAUAGCAUGUAGUAUCAUUCCAAUGUUUUCAUCCAGCUUUGAGCUACAAAAUGCUGUGCUUCGCAGGAUUUAUCCUGCUUUGCUAGCACUUUGUCUCACACUAGGAGCUACAGUAUUUCAAGUUCGUCAAUUCUUCCGUCUUUACGAACAUAUAAAGAAUGAUAAAUACUUAGUUGGAAAAAGACUUGUAAAUUAUGAGCACCGAAGGCUUGCCAAUGUUACAACUCCAGUCACAGAUGAAGAUACUGUAGCAUCAUGAGAGUGUAAUAUAAACAUCUUAAAGAACUGUAUAAUUAAAAAAGAAGUUUUAAGAAUAAAUGUUGAUACCUUUUUGAUUGUAAAUAUGAAACUUGUUAGGGUAUACCAAAGGAUUGAAACAAGGAUGAAGAUGAGGAAAAAAUUACUUCACUAAGCAAAAGCAUUUUAGUGAUAUUUGCUUGUUAGUUACUGAGAAAUGAGAGAGUCAUCCCCGUAGAAAAUUUGCUUGCAUUAUCAAUGCCUUGAUCUGGAUUUGCUUUCAAAUGUCACUUGGAUUUGUAUCUACUUGGUGCAGUUUUUUUUUUUUUCUUUUCUUAUAUUAAUUCAACAAUUCACUUGAAAUUUUAAGAAUGAAUUGUCAUUUUGUGGUAGAUACUGUUGUUCUAAGAUUAUUGUAUUGAAAAUAAGUGGCUAAAUACCUAUAUCCCAAGUGUUCAAAUAGCUUGAAUGAUGUUUAUGUAUUUCUGUAUGUGAAUAAGUUGUGAUUUUUAUGAUUCAAGUCAUGUGUGGAUUUUUAUGUAAGAAAGUAAUUUUUAAUUCCCUUGACUGUGAUGCUGAAUCAAUGCCUAUCCAAUGUAAUCGUUUAUAUGAUGCAUGUUUAAAUACUUUGCACUUGAUCUCCAAAUCCUUAAUAAUUACAGUAAUUCUUGUGUUUCCAAGUUUAUAUUCCUUUUUGCAUGUUCCAGUAUAUAUCAUUUUCCAGUAUGUUUUCUUAAUUAAUUUAUAGUACUGCAACAAAGAAGGAUGUAUCAGUUAGUCAUGGUUAAUCAUCUAGAUGUUUGGAUGGAGAGUCAGUUAUGUAAAAAAAAGUAUAUGUGUAAUUAUUUAUUUAAUAUAUAAAAGCAGUUUUAUAAUAAUUUAAUUUUAAAUGUGAAUCAAAAUGAGCAAAUCAUGGAAAUAGAAGGAAAUGAUAAUUUUCUGUAUUGUGAGAAUUUUAACUUAACAGUGAUUGCUAAUAGAUAGACUCUGCUUUUUUUAGUAUCAUUGUCAACAUGUUAUAUGUUUCAUAUUUUUUGCUUUUCCUCACAUCCAUAGGCUUUGACUUAUUUUUAAUUUCCAGUUUUUAAUUUUAUCACUUAUAACUUGUUUUGAAUUUCUUUUCCUGUAAUAAGGAUAUUUGCUGAAGUUUGUCACCACUGUAACAUAGGUUUUAUUUGCAGCUGUAUUCAUUUAAAAUAUCAUAUAUUUCUUUGAAGGUCAAAAUAACUUACUGUUUGUAAUAAUAAAAAAAUUAUGUACUUCAUAAUUCUAUUGGAGUAUAUCUCUGAAAAAGUGUGGAAUUAUCAGUAUUUACCGGUGUGUGAUUUAUUUAUAUUUAUCCACUUAGGGUUUUUUAAUGUCUCUUAGAAAGUAUAUUAAAUGUGUGUUGAUUCAUUUAUGUGUUUCUGAAGAAAGUAAUGUUGUGUAACCUUUCUACUGCAAUAUUUAAUGUUUGUUUUAACUUUGUGAGAAAAAUUCAAUGUAAGAAAAGUGCUGGAUUAUGCAGCAAGUAUCACAUCAAAUAUUAAGUUGCAUAUUAACUAGCUUUCACUGGAUUUUUUUAGAUCUGUCAUUGCAGUAUAUCUCAGUGUUAAACCUAAAUAUAUUUUUCAUAAGUGCUUUACUUGAGAAUUGGAGAAAGAGCAUCGUUUCUUCUGGCUUUCAUGAUGUCUUGAGUUUAAGGGCAGAUGUAUUGUCAUAUUUCAUUAUUAUGCCUUUCUAGAAUCUUUAAAAUUUUAUGGGAUACACCUUGUUAUUAUUAAAACCCUUUGAAACUACAUAUAGAUGUCUGUAUGCUUAUUUGUGAUUUUAUUGUUGUAAAAUGGCCAUUUCCAAGUAAUUAAUGGCUUGAGUUUUUAUUUUUUAUUUGCAAUUUGUUCCAUAUUGUUCUAAACUGAACUGUAAGAUAAAUUCAUGUAUUACAUCUUCCCCUCCCUUUAUCAGGCCCAUAUUUAAAUUUAAAAUAAAUAAAAAGAAAAUGUAUUUAUUUAAUAAUUACCACAAGUGUACAGAACACCAUGAAAUAUAAAGUUUAAAAUCAAUACUCAAUCGAACAAUAAAAAAAGUUUAUCUUUCUUUUUAGGACUUGAUAUUUUGAGGUGGACUAGUCAUAAUGCUGCUCAAAUCUGUAACAAUCUUCUGUAUAAAGUUUUAAAAAUCAUUCAAUGAUCAACUUUCUUGUUUCUAAACUGUAUAUUGUUGCUCAAAUCCUGGCUGACUGUUAAAUUAGUCAAAAUAAAUUUCAAAAAAAGAAAUUCAACCCUUUUGACCCAAUUGUUAUAUUUAUAUAGCAGAGAACAGGCUGGUUAUUAUAUUGUUUAAUAUCAGUUGUUAACAAUAUAAUAAUAAGUUUAAUUGUUGCCAGCCUGUUUUUCUUAAUACUUCUGAUACACUGUAAACUUAAAAUUCUGUGUAAAGCUAGGAUUUUUUUUAUGUCUCUUAAACAGAUUCAUAGUAUGAGUUAUAGGUGCUCAUCUGAGUCAAAACAUGAAAACUCUAAUUUUUUUCGUUCUUUAUAUGCCUUGACAUUUGUAAAUAAAGUGAUUUUUUGUUUGGGCAUUUUAAAUUGUUUUAAAAUCUUAAUUUUGAUAGUUUAUUAUCUUUAUGAACUUGGAUUAUUGUAAUUCUUCUGUUUCACAUCCUUAUUGCUUAUGUAUAUUUAUUAAAAUUAUUUAACAAAAAACACAUUUUUAGGGGGAAGGAAGCAUCAUUUCUAGCACUGAUUUUUCUGUGUAUGUCUUGUAUUUAAAAUUUGAAAGAGGAAGUGGAUUUUUGUUGAUGAGCUUUUUAGUGCAUCUGAUAUCAAUUACAUGCUAUAGAUUAAAAUAGUUAUUUUGUCUCCUAAUAAAAAAAGUAGUGCAUCCUUUUUUUAUAAGACACUAUAUUUACUGAAAUGGUUAUUAUCCCUGUAUAUGCUGAACACAUCUGCAUGUUCUGAAAUAAUUAAUUUCCAGCUUGCAACCUGUGCUCUUUAUUGUAGUUGUAUUGUUGUUUUACUGGAUGGUUGAAUAACACUAUUAUGUUGUCACACAGUUAGUUGUAAAUUUCAGCAUUCAAUUACUUUUCUUAUUCUUUACUUUUAAAUACUUUGUUUAAGAAUUUCUUGGAUAGAAUGUUUAUAAUUGUAAUGUCUAUUUACUAAAGGUAUCUUUAUGCAAUUUAAGUUUCCCAGUUGGUUUUUAUAAGCUUUAGUUACAAAUGUAAAUAAUUAUUCUGUAUCAGCUAUUUGCUUGAUGUUUCAAAUGAUGUAGUUUAUUUCAAGCCAGAAGCACAAAUUAGUGCUUAUAAUUUAUUUCUGUUGAACGUGUGCAAUAUGUUUGAGUAACAUUCUGUUGCAUAACAUGUGUAUAUUUAGUAAAUAAAGUGCUGAGUUUUAUUUGAA